UUUUUCUAAGCAUUAUAACUUAUAGUAACUCGUCCGAUUAUUAGGUUUUGUCUGUGAUGAGCGCGAGAAUCGUUUUUUUUAAUGAAUAGUUUAUGAAAAAAGAAAAUUAGAGAAACCAAUGAUGCGUCGUGAGACCUUUUCAAAUCAAAAGUGAAAGUGCUGUAGUGUAGUUAUUCAGUUAUCGUUAAUAAAUGGGCAAAUGACAGGUUAACUUCACUCUGAUAAUGAUUGAAAUCAUUUUCUUCGGAUUGUUCAUUACCUGCGUGAAUGCUGACGGAGCUGCAGAUGUAGUGCUAUCCUGUGCCCUGGUGGAGGAGGGGUCUGGACUCAGUGGAAUGGAAGGUGGUGCCCUCUUCUCUCGGACGCCAGCCACCCUUGUCCUUCGAGAUGUUGCCGUGGGCCCUGAGGAGCCUUUGGAAAUGCUCUCUCCAUUCGUCCCUCCUUCAGUCCCCGAUCCGGAGCUCUUUCUGUUCGAGGCUUCAGUGACCUCACCCGACAUUCCCAACACAGACCGGUUGCUCCACGCUGAUUGCAACGAGCUGGAGGUGUUGUGUGAAAUAAGUCGUUACUCUUCUAAGGGGCUGCAGGACAGCUCAGAUCAAACUUUUUUCAUGGUGUCCAUCACAGUGGAGGAGCUGGACUUCAGCAUUUCACUCAUCCUGGAGACUUUACCAGUGGAAAAGCAUCAGUCAACGCUUAUGCAUAACAAACUGGGUCUACCUCUGAGUCAGUCAGGAACUCUGCUAACCAAAGCUAUAUUCGUGGUGUUUUCCAACACCAAGUCUUUGUCUGCCCCUCUGAGGGGAAAUGUUGUCCUCGACUGUGGCUUCAAGCAGCAAGAAGUACCGUUAGCUCACCAGGUAGAUGUGGAAUGGCGGCUGCAGCACCGGGGAAAAGGCUGGAAAGUACUCGACUUGAAAACUACGCUGGAUGAUCCAGAAGGCGUCCAUGCAGAUGUGAAUGUGGAGAGGAAAGAUUCAAGCAUGAAUGCUGGGCUGGUUGUCAGAGAGGGGAACGUGUCUCUGACUCUGCCAGCUCUGAAGGUUUCUGAUGAGGGGACCUACAUCUGCACCGUCAGCAUCGGUCACUUCCACGCACAGCAGGUCAUUCAGCUCCACAUCAUUCAACCGCCACAUAUUUCCCUCUCAGAGGAAAAGUUGAUGUUGAAAACACCCCAGACAUUAAAGUGCUUCAGCAGAAAUUACUAUCCACUGGACGCUCAAAUGGAGUGGCUUUUUGUUUCUCCAACUGCCACAGAGCCAGAACUCUUCAAAGACCAGGGCUCCCUAACCAGCCAUCGGCAGCAUAGUGACGGGACUUUUUCCCUGUCGUCUCACCUCGUUGUGCCUCCCGCCGUCCCCCCAGGAACCAAGAUCAUCUGCAGGGUGUCUCACGUAGGACUGGAUGCUCCUCUCGAUGUCAGUGUGUUGGUUGAAACUCCUAAGAUAGAUUCUUACUGGUGGUUCCUGGGUUUCCUGAUCGUCACCAUACUUUUUUUCUACCAGGUUAUGAAAUAAAUCAUAGCACUUCUGAAAUAAAACAGAGGCAAAAAUUUGGUUUUACUGUGUCAGUCUUUAAGCAAUUCAUAGCUUUAAAAAAAAUUGAGUUAAAGGUAAACAAUAAAUGUGUUUUAUUGUAUUUAAUUAAUUGUAAUUGUUUAAUAUUGUUUCGUAUGCUCAGUUGUACAAUUUUAUUGUGAAUUGUUAUCUUGGUAGGGUUAAUCCCACCGCUGCAGUUAUCGUUCUUUUAAUCUCAGGGAACCUAAUAUUUGGAGUAAAAAAAAAGAUCUUAAUUUCCUGAUUCAUCAUGAAAGUGCAACAUUUUACAAACUACUUACUCACAGAGGAGAAGAGGCAUUUCCAACAUUCUAUCAAAUUACUUGACCCUCAUCCUUGCAUGUUUGACUUUACAAAAACUCAACAAAAAAAAAAAAAACGUUGAUAUUUGUAGAGAAGGUGCUUGUCAUCCUUACAUCCUUAAACACUUCCCUGUUAAGUCUAAAGCUAUUUCUUUUUAUAUAUAUAAUGAUAAAUUCAAGAGAUUAUAAACUAAACAUGGCUCUGCAUCCCUACAUUCAUGUUUUUCUGAGAGCCAACACCGUUUUCUGGUCUGUCCUCGUCUUUUUGUAGUAUUAAUAGGAUUUCUUUAUUUUGCCAAUGACACUCUAAAGUGUUAUUCGGGUUUUUGUUAGUUUACAGUGCAAUGCUGAAUGGUGAAUCAGGAAAUCCAAUCAAGAGAGACAGGUCCGUCUUUUAUUUAUUGAAGAACGUUUGUGUUUAUUGCUGGGAUUUGAUGCUUUUCUUCCUGUCAAACAUUUAUCUGGGCACAGUUCGUCACAAAAAUGGGACAGCAGGGUAAAAGUACGUUUUGUGUGCCCAAAUAAAAUGCAUUACAUUGUGUGACACUAUGACCUUGUGUGUAAACCGACACUGGAUUAUUAACAAAUUAAAGUUUGAAGCUGUGA